AUAUUUUUUUCGUGAGUGGUAUUUAAUUUUAACCUGAAAUUUAUACUGGAAGAAAAAAUUCGUUUUAGUCAAAAAUAUGGGAUGUGGUGGAAGCACACCGCAAGCAGGGCAAGCAAAUGUCCGAAAACUUUCGAUUUUCGGAGGUAAUCCUGUUGUUGUGGAGGCUGGAAAAAAGGUGACGAUGAGGAGAGAUCCAGGUCCAGUCUUGAUAGUUGUAUUUGGUGGACCAGGGAGCAGAAAAGGAAAGAUCCUCAGUGAUUUGUCACAAAUUUUUGGAUUUGAAAUAUUGAAUGCAGAAUCCAUUUUAUUGGAAGGUCUCAAGGAAGAGCUAGAACCAGAAGAACCAAAGACAUUUGCCAGUGUUUAUAAAAUGAUCAAGGCAAAUCCUGAAUUGGUCAGACUGGAUAGAUGUUUGAAAAGGGUUACAAAGAUAUUGGAUGAGGCAGACAAAUCAAAGUGUUACCUGUUGGAUCUGAUACCUAAUAAAAAGAUACUGUUAUCCUCGAAUCUGUUCAUUAAGGACUGUAACAAUGAGUUUAAGUACUUUGAAACCAAGUAUUCAUUCUCCUGUGCCUUACAUUUGGCGAUGCCGGUGGAUAAAGUCAUGAAGAAAUACUUGAAACAAUGUGCAAUGAAGCAAGACAUAGAAGCAAAGACUACCACAGGCAAGGAAGCUGAUCCAAACAAAGCACAGCCGACAGGUGGUCAGAGUGAUGAAGUCAGCUUUGUUAGAACAAAGACCAGAGCUUCAAAUUUUGACAAUGCAAUCAAGGGGUUUGUUGAGUACUUCAAGUCAUCAGAAAGACUGGUAUAUGUGGAUAUCCAUGACAAGGAGUUAGACGACAUUCUAUCAAACCUGUGUAACUUCUUUGCUGACCACAGCUAUUCAGUACUAGGAAAUUCCAGAACUCUCAUGCUCUUCAAUUUCAGUAAACAUGAUGUUGAUGUUGAUGGCGUGCUGAUGGGUGCAACUAUUGGAGUUGAAACUCUUAACAUGGAUGAGUUUUGUACAAUGGACCAAAAGCCAGAAGAAGCAAUGUCUACUUUGUGUCGAGAGAUGGAAGUCAUCAACCAAACUAAUCCUGGAUCUACAGCUUUUAUUAUAAAUACCUCUGGAUCCCCUAUAACCAAAACCUGUCACAAUGUGGCACCUGAAAAGGAGGUUAUGUUCAAAGAUAGUGUAGACGCUGAAGUGACCUGCUUCCUGCCUCUCUCCAUCUCCCACAACAAGGCUACUCUAAAUGUCCAAGCUGUGGUUUUCAGUACUCAUGUGCUGCUUUUCUCUAGAGAUGUACCUAUAGGCCUCUGUCGCUGGAUUUUAAUGCAACUAAAACACAAUAGGAAAAAUUAGUCUCAAAAUACACUGCUAAAAUUUCAUAUUCUUAUGAGUUUUUUUAUACAUGGCUAAAUAUAGGUGCUAGCUUGAAGAGCGGUUGGUUUGUUGAUUGCCAAAAUAGUCUUUGUAAAUUUUAAGAAUUCUUUUAUUCUAAGAAUGUUUGAAAUAGAAAAAGUAGAUGAAAAAAUACACAAGAAUGCUUUGAAUAAUAUGUUUGAGGAGGUAAUAUCUACUCAAUGUUUCAUUGUUUUGUCUUACAGAAUAUGAUAGUUUAUUCUGGGAUUGUUUUGUUUACAGUAAAUAACUGAACAUUUGUUUUUACCCACUUGGCAUUUCCUUGCUGAACUGUAAAAUCAAAGAUAAAAGUUUUAACACAAUUAUAUGCUGGUAGGUAAGAGAAACCCUAUGUAACAGAUACUACAGAGGUAAUUUAUACUGUCAUAUAUCAAAUAACCUGCACAUUGUUAUCAGAGUUACUGAUGGUUCUUUAAGCAUAUUUCUUCCUGAUGUACAUUUCAAGAAAUGCAAGAUAAUUUACAUAUGUAAAUACCGGUAUAAAUUUCUGUUGGUUGUCAGCAAGUCUGGAGGUCAAAGGUCAGUGUCACAGAAACUUUAAUAGAAAAUUAGAUUUUGCACAAUAAUUUCAGUACCACUUAACAAACUGUUCUCAAAUUUCAUAUAGUGCUUAGAAGUGUUUGCAUGCUAUUGCUUUUCAUAUUAAAAGUGUUAAGGUCAAGUUCGUGUAUUAUAAAUGGAGAAGGGUUUCCUUAUAAGAUAAGACAGGUCAUGUUAUGAACUCCCAAUUUCAUGCUUUAGUUCCUAAUAAAUGUGCUUUUUUAAUUCUGAAGGUCAAAGAUCAAGGUUUUUUUCAAUACAAAAGAGGUUUUAACAAACAAAACUAUUUGUUUGGAUGUUUUCUCUAAUAACAAGGACAGGAAUAAUUUUAAAGUCGCCGGUACUAAAUUAGAAAUUGGUCUCCACAUAAGAACUGCAUCUGAAAAGUUUGAUCAGCAUCAAAAUGAAUACAGUUCUACAUUCCACAAAAUGCAUGCUUAAGAUUGCUUUUCCUCAUGGCCAAAUUAAACUUGCUUGGACAUAUAGGCGAUACCUACACUUUUGUGAAAUUCUGGUAUGGUUUGUUAUGUUCUGAUUUACUUUGUCAUAUUGUUUGAAAAUUAAUUGUUUUCCUGUCCUGGCCUUUUCUAUUCAUGAAUGACGUAUAUUUGAUAAUAUAGAUUGUAUAAACCCAUAGCUUUAAUGUUCCCCCUCCAGUCUUUAAUCUUAUUCAAUAUCUUAGUAUUGUUACUGGUGCUUUUAUUUGAUUCUUUUCAUUGUUAUGAAUUCACAACUUGUAAUCAUUAAAAAAAUGCAAAGGCAAAAGUUUUGAUGAUUAUAAAGUAAAUCCAAUUGAAUUAUUGUGUGCUAGUUCUGAAUGAGAGUGACCCUUUGUGCGAUUGUAUCUGAGAUAAGUUGACCAAUGAUCUUGGUCAUAUUUCAUAUUGAUAAACUACAAUUAUGUUUGACACAGAAACAUUCCACGUACAAUAUACAUGAUGGCACUUGAUCUUAUUGAUGUGUCACACAUACAGUAUAUUACAUGUGUAUAGUGUCAAUUGCAUCCACUAUUAUGUUGUUUUUUAAUACAGCUUUACUUGAUGCUUGUACAGUGGUGGCAUACAAAAACAUGUCAAGAAUAUAUCAGUAGAUAACAUGUAUAAAUUUGGUGUUAAAUCUUUCUUAUUUUCAUACAGAGUACAGAAUGUCCCUUAUUUAGGGCAUAUACUUUCAUUAGAGUUCAGUAUGACCCUUAUAUAAGGCAAAUACUUUCAUAUUGAAUUCAGUAUGACCCUCACUGAAUUACAUAUUGUGCCUGUAAUAUAGUUAGGGGAUUAUAUAAAUAUGAAGCAAAGUAACAGAUAUUUAACCAGGAUUGAAUGAAACAUCUUAAUGAUCUCUGAAGAUUUCUGAAAAUCAAAAUAUAUCUCCGUGGUGAAUACCUUGCUAAACAUGUUUACCCUGGUCAUGUUGAUCUGAAUAUUUCAUAAAAAUUGCCCAUGGCUAUUUCUGAUUUGUUUUCAUACCUGCAUAAACAUUACUUUGUGAUAUACCAAUACAUCAGUCUUACAUUUUAGUGUAUGAAAGUUUGCUUUUCUUAAAAUCAUCAUACAUUACAAAAGUAUUACAUGUUUGACAUACUAGUAGAUUUUAUUUAAAUUUCACUCUUGAUCUUUAAGCUUAUUGCUCCAUAAACACAAUAUUCUGGCAACAUUUAACCAGUUGCACAAUCAUUGGUUUAUUUUAGUAUCUGCCUUUCCCAUAUAAUUUUAUCAAUCAUAUAAUUCCUUUCCAUAUCUAGAUGUCAAAACCCAAUAAUAAUCCUUUGUUUGGGAGAAUAUGAACAACUCCGUCCUUUGUUAUUUAUUAAAUGCAUUUUAUUUAUAGAUAUUAUUGUCUUAGAUUCUGGAUGAACACCAGAUCUUGUCAGUUACAUUGUUUUUUUUUCUUUUACACUCUGUUUUGCUAUUUCAUAAGGGUUAAAGAGCUUCAUACUGAUAAUUGAAGCUGUUUAUAGUUUUAGAAUAUAAUUGAAUCUGUUUCAUUGUUCACAUUGUUUUGAUCUGUUUUCAAUAAAAUCUGUA